GCAUUAUUGAUGGUCCUGUAAGGCGGGCACCUCGGGGAGUAGGAGCCUGUAGCCCCUGCGAGAGCAGAGCCGGGUGGUGCACUGCACAGAAGGUCACCGCGGGAGGCCAAAUCCCCGGGGAGGGGAGAGGACCUGGGCGUCGGGAAGCCCGUCUCCUCUGGGCCAGCCAUGGGCAGGAACCAGCGCAAAGCGCCCCAGCGCCUGGAGAGGCCCGGGAGGCCGGCCUCAGGGGAGCAGGAGUCGGGGUCGGCCAGCGCGGAUGGCGCGCGCAGCCGGGAACGCCGUUCCGACCGCGGGCAGGCGGACAGGGCGAGACCGGCGUCCGAGCCUGCCACCGCCGGGGGCCAGGGAACCCCUGGUGGCCGCAGGAAGCCCACUGCAGAGGGGAACGGCGGCUGCAGACGCCCAGGGGCUGGGCUGUCCCCGAAAGCCCAGGAGAGGCAAAGCAACGCGCAGCGUCAGGGACGCGGGCCCAGGGGCGGCCGCGGGGGGCGCCUGGAGGAGGGAAGCCUCUCCGGAGGAGAAGAGCUGGGCGGCCGCCGUAGGAGGAAGCGGAAAGAUAAGGGGCCCUCGGCUCGGCGGGGCCGCCGGACGCCCAGGAGCCUCAAUGGGGACACGUCGGGUGGGGACGGAGGCAGCUCCUGUCCGGACAGCGAAACCCGCGAGGCCCAGGAGAGCGGCAGCCAGCGCGGCAGAGCCCGGGAGCUGCGGCCCACGCCGGAGCCUACGGACAUGGGCUCGGAGGGGACAAAAACCGGGCCGGAGUCAGCGCUCGAGCCAAGCAGCGACGGCCUGGACAGCGACUGGCCCCACGCAGAUACCCGGGGCCGGGAAGGGUCGUCGGGGACGGGGCCCCUGGGAGCCAGCGAGCAUUCCGGCGGGGACUCCGACUCGAGUCCGCUGGGGACCGGACCUGGACGGGGCGCUCGGGCAGCUAUGGCCUCCAGGACCUUCGAGGACAGCUCGCGGGCUCCUCGGGACACUGGGCCGGCCAAGGACGCGAGCGACAACCGGGCGCAGCGGGGCGCCGAGCCAGGAACAAUGCAGGCCUCGACGGCCCGGGCUCCGCGCCACCAGGUCGGAAAGGCGGUGGGGCGGGUGCCAGCGGCGGCAGGCGAGGGCGAAGCGGGGCCAGCCCCGCUGGCGGCCCUCCUGGUGGUCCGCAGGCUCCUCGCGAGGCCCCCGCCAGGCGACGCUUCCCAGGCCGUGGGCCCCCGCCGCGCUGGCCUCAAGGAGCGGCUCCUGAGUGUAGCGCGAGCCCUGGGCCUCCUGCGCUGGCUGCGGCGGCGGCUGCGGCUGCGGCGGCGGCCGCCAGAGGGCGAGGGGCAGGGGACCGGGCCACGGGCGAGCGAGGGGUGGGGCCGCCGGAAAGCGGACGAGGGGCGGGGUCAUGGGAGAGGAAGCGAGGGGCGGGGCCGCGGGAAAGCGGACGAAGGGCGGGGCCACGAGCGAGGGUACGAGGGGCGGGGCCGCGGGAAAGCGGACGAGGGGCAGGACCGCGGGAGAGCGGACGAGGGGCGGGGUCACGAGAGAGGUGACGAGGGCCGGGACCACCAGAGAGGGUACGAGGGGUGGGGCCGCGAGAGAGCGGACGAGGGGCGGGGCCGUGAGCCCGGGUUGCGGCACCGUCUAGCGUUGCACCUGGCUGGCUUAGCAGGGCUGGGGGGUAUGCCGAGGGCUCCCCUUGGCGGCCGCUCCCCGCAGGUCCCGACAAGCCCAGUCCCCGGCGACCGUUUUGAUCAGGAGGACGAGACUCCAGAUCCCAAGUUCGCGGUCGUGUUCCCCAGGAUCCACAGGGCAGGGCGGGCGUCGAGCAGCCGCCGCUCUGAAGAAGCGUCCGCAGAUGCCCCCACGGGGGAAGGCCGAGGUUGGCCUCGUGCAGGGGCGGGGGGGCACAGUGAGGGGUGCAGGGCUAGUGGGGAAGGGGUGUCCGGGCUUCGUCGCGGCUCCCUCCUUGCCCCGACUGCACCCAACGGGCCUUCGCUCGACGAGAGCGGCUCCAGCAGUGAGGCGGAGUUGGAGACCCUCAACGACGAGCCCCCGGUGCACUGGGCGCAGAGCUCAGGCUCCCACGAGGGUCCUAGGCUUGGCGCCGCCGUGCUGCUACCCCGACUCGCCUUUGAGACCCGCCUGCAGCAGGAGGGAGACCCGGGCCUCCGCGGGUCCCUGAGGGAGCUGUGGGAACCCGAGGAUGAGGACGAGGCGGUGCUGGGGAGGGACCUGGAGCUGAGCCUCUGGCCGGGCCUGGAGGCACCACCCUUCCCCGGUGCCAAGGGCAGGAGCCUCGGAGACGGCCUGGAAGAUAUGGAGGACCUGGCCCGGUUGCGGCUGGUGUGUGACAGCUCUGUGCUGCUGUGCCUCAAGAAGAGAUUUCACCUGGGCCGCAUCUAUACCUUUGGGGGGCCCGUCUUGCUUGUUCUGAACCCCCACCGGCCCUUGCCUCUUUUUUCACCUGAGGUCCAGGCAAGCUACCGCCCCAGGAAGGCCCUCAGCACCACUCCACACAUCUUUGCCAUCGUGGCAUCAGCCUAUGACCUGGCUCAGAAUACUGGGCAGGACCCAUGCAUCCUCCUGCACUCCUCCCACUGCAGUGGGCACAGUGGCUCAGGGAAGACGGAAGCCGCCAAAAAGAUCAUGCAGUUCCUAAGCAGCCUGGAGCAGGAUCAGACGAGGAACCGAGAGUGUCAGGUGGAGGAUGUGCUGCCUAUACUCAGCAGCUUUGGCCAUGCCAAGACCAUCCUCAAUGCCAAUGCCAGCCGCUUCGGCCAGGUCUUCUGCCUCUACCUAGAGCAAGGGGUCAUCGUGGGAGCCUCUGUGUCUCAUUAUCUACUUGAGACCUCCAGGGUGGUGUUUCAGGCCCAGGCUGAGCGGAGCUUCCAUGUUUUUUACGAGCUGCUGGCAGGGCUGGACUCCAUAGAGCGGGAGCGGCUCUCCCUGCAGGGACCGGAGACUUACUACUAUCUCAACCAGGGCCAGGCCUGCAGGCUGCAAGGCAAGGAGGGCCAGGACUUUGAGGGGCUGCUGAAGGCACUGCAGGGGCUCGGCUUGUGCCCGGAGGAGUUGAAUGCCGUCUGGGCUGUGCUGGCCGCCAUCCUGCAGCUGGGCAACAUCUGCUUCUCCUCCUCAGAGCGGGAGUCCCAGGAGGUGGCUGCUGUGUCUAGCUGGGCUGAGAUCCACACAGCAGCCCGACUGCUGCGGGUACCACCAGAGUGCCUGGAGGGGGCUGUCACCAGGAGGGUCACGGAGACGCCCUAUGGCCAGGUCUCGCGAUCCCUGCCCGUGGAAAGCGCCGUUGAUGCCAGGGACGCCCUGGCCAAGGCCCUGUAUUCCCGCCUCUUCCACCGGCUUCUGAGGAGGACCAAUGCACGGCUGGCACCACCAGGGGAGGGAGGCAGCAUUGGCACUGUCACUGUCGUGGAUGCCUACGGCUUUGAGGCCCUGCGGGUGAAUGGCUUGGAGCAACUGUGCAACAACCUCGCCAGCGAGCGCCUACAGCUCUUCUCCAGCCAGAUGCUGCUGGCCCAGGAGGAGGAGGAGUGUCGGCGGGAGUUGCUGUCCUGGGUGCCUGUCCCUCAGCCUCCGAGGGAGUCCUGCCUAGACGUCCUGGUGGAUCAGCCCCACAGCCUCCUGAGUAUCCUGGACACCCAGACAUGGCUGUCCCAGGCCACGGACCACACCUUCCUCCAGAAGAGCCACUAUCACCAUGGUGACCACCCCAGCUAUGCCAAGCCCCGGCUGCCCCUGCCCGUGUUCACCGUGCGACAUUAUGCAGGGACUGUCACCUACCAGGUUCACAAGUUUUUAAACAGAAACCGGGAUCAGCUGGACCCUGCUGUGGUGGAGAUGCUUGGCCAGAGCCAGCUCCAGCUGGUGGGCAGCCUGUUCCAGGAGGCAGAGCCCCAGUCCAGGGGAGGGCGAGGCAGACCCACGCUGGCCUCUCGCUUCCAGCAGGCCCUGGAGGACCUCAUAGCCCGGCUGGGCAGGAGCCAUGUCUAUUUCAUCCAGUGCCUCACCCCUAACCCUGGAAAGCUUCCAGGCCUCUUUGACGUGGGACAUGUGACAGAGCAACUGCACCAGGCAGCCAUACUGGAGGCCGUGGGUACCCGCAGUGCCAACUUCCCCGUGCGUGUGCCCUUUGAGGCCUUCCUGGCCAGCUUCCGGGCCCUGGGGUCAGAAGGGCAGGAAGACCUCUCUGACCGGGAGAAGUGUGGUGCCGUCCUGAGCCAGGUGCUGGGGGCCGAAUCACCUCUCUAUCACCUUGGAGCCACCAAGGUCCUGCUGCAGGAGCAGGGCUGGCAGCGGCUGGAGGAGCUCCCGGACCAGCAGCGCUCCCAGGUCCUGGUCGACCUGCACCACAGCUUCCACACCUGCAUCUCCCGCCAGCAUGUCCUGCCCUGGAUGCAGGCUCGCAUGCGUGGGUUCCAGGCCAGGAAGCGGUACCUCCGGCGGCGGGCAGCUCUGGGACAGCUGAACACCAUCCUGCUGGUGGCCCAGCCCCUGCUCCGGAGGCGGCAGAGACUGCAGCUUGGGCAUUGGCAGGGCUGGCAUAGCAGCGAAAGGGCCUUGGAGAGAGUGCCAAGCAUGGAGCUGGGGCGCUUGGAGAUCCCAGCUGAGCUGGCCGUCAUGCUGAAGACGGCGGAAAGCCAUCGGGACGCCCUGGCUGGGAGCAUCACCGAGUGCCUGCCGCCUGAGGUUCCUGCCCGGCCCAGCCUGACUCUCCCAGCAGACGUUGACCUGUUCCCUUUCUCCAGCUUCGUCGCCAUCGGCUUUCAGGAACCGUCCCUGCCCAGGCCAGGGCAGCCACUGGCGAAGCCCCUAACCCCGCUGGAUGGAGAGAACCCUCAGCGUGCCCUGGACAUCAACAAAGUGAUGCUGCGGCUCCUGGGGGACGGAUCCCUGGAGUCCUGGCAGAGGCAGACCAUGGGCACAUACCUGGUGCGGCAGGGGCAGUGCCGGCCAGGGCUGCGGAACGAGCUCUUUAGCCAGCUGGUGGCCCAGCUAUGGCAGAACCCAGAUGAACAGCAGAGCCAGCGUGGCUGGGCCCUCAUGGCUGUUUUGCUCAGCGCCUUUCCCCCACUGCCUGUCCUACAGAAGCCGCUGCUCAAGUUCGUGUCUGACCAGGCCCCCAGGGGCAUGGCAGCGCUGUGCCAGCACAAGCUGCUGGGGGCCUUGGAGCAGUCGCAGCUGGCCUCGGGGGCCACUCGGGCCCACCCCCCGACCCAGCUGGAGUGGCUGGCCGGAUGGCGGCGGGGCCGCAUGGCGCUGGAUGUGUUCACCUUCAGCGAGGAGUGCUACUCGGCCGAGGUGGAGUCUUGGACCACUGGGGAGCAGCUGGCUGGGUGGAUCCUACAGAGCAGAGGCCUGGAGGCGCCUCCCCGGGGCUGGUCUGUGUCACUGCACUCCAGGGACGCAUGGCAGGACUUGGCUGGCUGCGACUUUGUGCUGGACCUGAUCAGCCAGACUGAGGACCUGGGGGACCCAGCUCGUCCCUGCAGCUACCCCAUCACUCCACUUGGCUCAGCCGAGGCCAUUCCCCUUGCCCCUGGCAUUCAGGCCCCCUCACUGCCCCCAGGACCCCCUCCAGGUCCAGCCCCAACGCUGCCCAGCAGGGACCACACAGGGGAGGUCCAGAGGUCAGGGAGCCUGGACGGCUUCCUGGACCAGAUCUUCCAGCCAGUGAUAUCCUCCGGCCUCAGCGAUCUGGAGCAAAGCUGGGCUCUGAGCAGCCGCAUGAAGGGAGGGGGCGCCAUUGGGCCCACGCAGCAGGGCUACCCCAUGGUGUACCCAGGAAUGAUUCAGAUGCCUGGAUACCAGCCAGGCAUGGUCCCUGCACCCAUGCCCAUGAUGCCAGCGAUGGGCACAGUCCCUGCCAUGCCAGCCAUGGUGGUGCCGCCGCAGCCACCGCUUCCCAGCCUGGACGCAGGGCAGCUGGCCGUCCAGCAGCAGAACUUUAUCCAGCAGCAGGCACUAAUCCUGGCCCAGCAGAUGACAGCCCAGGCCAUGUCCCUGUCCCUGGAGCAGCAGACGCAGCAGCGGCAGCGGCAGGCUCGGGCCUCCGAGGCUGCGUCCCAGGCCUCACCCUCAGCCGUCACCUCCAAGCCCAGGAAGCCCCCGACACCCCCGGAGAAGCCACAGCGUGACCUGGGAUCAGAGGGUGGCUGCCUGAGGGAGACCUCCGAGGAGGCUGAAGACAGGCCCUAUCGGCCCAAGAGCUUCCAGCAGAAACGGAACUAUUUCCAGAAGAUGGGGCAGCCACAGAUCACAGUGAGGACGAUGAAGCCCCCAGCCAAGGUCCACAUCCCCCAGGGGGAGGCGCAGGAGGAGGAGGAGGAGCAGGAGGAGGAGGAGGAGCAGGAGGAGCAGGAGGAGCAGAAGGAGCAAGAAGUGGAAACAAGAGCAGUGCCGUCCCCUGCUCCUCCCCCCAUCGUGAAGAAGCCAUUGAAGCAAGGUGGGGCCAAAGCUCCAAAAGAGGCUGAGGCUGAGCCAGCCAAGGAGACCUCAGCGGCCAAGGGCCGUGGCCAAGGGCCAGCCCAAGGCAGGAGGACCAUGGUGCGCAGCUCAGACUCCAAGCCCAAGCGGCCACAACCCAGCAGGGAAAUUGGCAACAUCAUCCGCAUGUACCAGAGCCGCCCGGGCCCCGUGCCUGUGCCCGUGCAGCCAUCCAGGCCUCCCAAAACUUUCCUGAAGAAAAUCGACCCCAAGGACGAGGCUCUGGCCAAGCUGGGUAUCAACGGUGCCCACUCGUCCCCGUUGAUGCUGUCCCCCAGCCCAGGAAAGGGCCCCCCGCCAGCUGUGGCUCCUCGACCCAAGGCCCCGCUACAGCUUGGGCCCUCUAGCUCCAUCAAGGAAAAGCAGGGGCCCCUUCUGGACCUGUUUGGCCAGAAGCUGCCUAUUGCCCAGACACCCCCACCUCCACCAGCACCACCACUGCCUCUGCCCGAGGACCCAGGGACCCUUUCAGCAGAACGUCGUUGCUUGACACAGCCCGUGGAGGACCAGGGGGUCUCCACCCAGCUACUUGCGCCCUCUGGCAGUGUGUGCUUCUCCUACACCGGCACGCCCUGGAAAUUGUUCCUACGCAAGGAGGUGUUCUACCCACGGGAGAACUUCAGCCAUCCCUACUACCUGCGGCUCCUCUGUGAGCAGAUCCUACGGGACACCUUCUCCGAGUCCUGUAUCCGGAUUUCCCAGAAUGAGCGGCGGAAAAUGAAAGACCUGCUGGGAGGCUUGGAGGUGGACCUGGAUUCUCUCACCACCACCGAAGACAGCGUCAAGAAGCGCAUCGUGGUGGCCGCUCGGGACAACUGGGCCAAUUACUUCUCCCGCUUCUUUCCUGUCUCGGGCGAGAGUGGCAGCGACGUGCAGCUGUUAGCCGUGUCCCACCGUGGGCUGCGACUGCUCAAGGUGACCCAAGGCCCCGGCCUCCGCCCCGACCAGCUGAAGAUUCUCUGCUCAUACAGCUUCGCGGAGGUGCUGGGUGUGGAGUGCCGGGGCAGCUCCACCCUGGAGCUGUCACUGAAGAGCGAGCAGCUGGUGCUGCACACAGCCCGGGCAAGGGCCAUCGAGGCGCUGGUUGAGCUAUUCCUGAAUGAGCUUAAGAAGGACUCCGGCUAUGUCAUCGCCCUGCGCAGCUACAUCACUGACAACUGCAGCCUCCUCAGCUUCCACCGUGGGGACCUCAUCAAGCUGCUGCCGGUGGCCACCCUGGAGCCAGGCUGGCAGUUUGGCUCUGCCGGGGGCCGUUCUGGACUCUUUCCUGCCGACAUAGUGCAGCCGGCUGCCGCUCCCGACUUUUCCUUCUCCAAGGAGCAGAGGAGUGGCUGGCACAAGGGUCAGCUGUCCAACGGGGAACCAGGGCUGGCUCGGUGGGACAGGGCCUCAGAGCGCCCUGCCCACCCUUGGAGCCAGGCACACAGUGACGACUCGGAGGCCACCAGCCUGUCCUCUGUGGCCUAUGCCUUUCUGCCCGACUCCCACAGCUACACCAUGCAGGAAUUCGCCCUGCGUUACUUCCGGAGGUCCCAGGCCUUGCUGGGCCAGACUGAUGGAGGUGCUGCAGGGAAGGACACGGACAGCCUGGUGCAGUACACCAAGGCUCCCAUCCAGGAGUCGCUCCUCAGCCUCAGUGAUGAUGUGAGCAAGCUGGCUGUGGCCAGCUUCCUGGCCCUGAUGCAGUUUAUGGGUGACCAGUCCAAGCCCCGGGGCAAGGAUGAGAUGGAUCUGCUCUAUGAACUGCUGAAGCUGUGCCAGCAGGAGAAGCUGAGGGAUGAGAUUUACUGCCAGGUUAUCAAGCAGGUCACGGGACACCCCCGGCCGGAACACUGCACUCGAGGCUGGAGCUUCCUCAGCCUUCUCACAGGCUUCUUCCCCCCGUCGACCGGGCUGAUGCCCUACCUGACCAAGUUCCUGCAGGAUUCAGGCCCCAGCCAAGAGCUGGCCCGGAGCAGCCAGGAGCACCUCCAGCGCACAGUCAAAUAUGGGGGGCGCCGGCGGAUGCCCCCACCGGGUGAAAUGAAGGCUUUCCUGAAAGGACAAGCCAUUCGCCUGCUUCUUAUUCACCUGCCGGGGGGUGUGGAUUAUAGGACGAAUAUCCAGACUUUCACAGUAGCAGCAGAAGUGCAGGAGGAGCUGUGCCGGCAAAUGGGUAUCACGGAGCCUCAGGAAGUGCAGGAAUUCGCCCUCUUCCUCGUCAAAGAGAAGAGCCAGCUGGUGCGGCCCCUGCAGCCCGCCGAAUACCUCAACAGUGUGGUAGUGGACCAGGACGUGAGCCUGCACAGCCAACGGCUCCACUGGGAGACCCCACUGCACUUCGAUAACUCCACCUACAUCAGCACCCACUACAGCCAGGUGCUGUGGGACUACCUUCAGGGGAAGCUGCCAGUCAGCGCCAAGGCAGACGCGCAGCUCGCCAGGCUGGCCGCCCUGCAGCACCUCAGCAAGGCCAACAGGAAUACCCCCUCAGAGCAGGACCUGCUAGCUUAUGUGCCAAAGCAGCUGCAACAGCAGGUGAACACGGCCUCCAUCAAGAACCUGAUGGGUCAGGAGCUGAGACGGCUGGAAGGACACAGCCCCCAGGAAGCACAGAUCAGCUUCAUUGAGGCCAUGAGCCAGCUGCCCCUCUUCGGCUACACUGUCUAUGGGGUGCUGCGAGUGAGCAUGCAGGCCCUGUCCGGACCCACUCUCCUGGGGCUCAGCCGCCAGCAUCUCAUCCUCAUGGACCCCAGCUCCCAGAGCCUGUACUGCCGCAUUGCCCUGAAGAGCCUGCAGCGGCUCCACCUGCUAAGCCCUCUGGAGGAGAAGGGGCCCCCUGGCCUGGAAGUCAACUAUGGCUCAGCUGACAACCCCCAGACCAUCUGGUUUGAGCUGCCACAGGCCCAGGAGCUGCUAUACACCACUGUCUUCCUGAUAGACAGCAGUGCCUCUUGCACUGAGUGGCCCAGCAUCAACUGAGAGGAGUGCAGGCCGGGGAGAGAGGAGGAUGAGGCCUCCCCCGGCCCAAGUCUCACCCAGAUGGUCUGCCUUGGAUGCUAUCAGAUCACUGUUCUAGAACCUGCCUCAGCACAGCCCAGCCGGCCCACAUGCAGGCCAUGAGGCAGGGGCUGCUAUCACGUCACCAGCAGGCAAAGAAAACAGCCAUACCCUCUCCAGGACGGCCUGGGGCCAAAGGGAGCUGCAGGAACUCGGCUGGGGCACCUGAGGUUGCCCAGUCUGAGGGAGAUGCCCACCCAACCCCAGGCUCCGCCCAGGCCCCACAUUAGCACAAGCCCAGGCAUGGGAGAAACAGCUGCUGAGGAAAUAAAACUCCCUGGAGAAAA